AUUAUGACUAUUUUUAUUAUUAUUGUUGUUAUUGUUAUUGUUAUUAUUAUUAUUUUUAUUGCUGCAGAACUGACCUCAGGCCGGUAAUUAACUUUUUUCCCCCUCUGCUUUUUACAACAAGUUUGCACAAUAUAUCUUGUUUUACUUUGGGAGAUACAAUACAAUUGUAAAGAAAUCAUUGCAUGUGUGUCUGUUUUUGCAAUCGCUAACUUGACGGCUAAAUGGAAUAAAACCAUUCAUGUAAAUGUUGUCAGGCUGAGUUUGUAGUUUUCUUUGGGUAAGCAGGGACGGCUUCAUGAUUAAGGACCGCUAAAAUUUCCCUUCUCUGGACAGGAAACACUGUUCUGGGAUUGAGUAGCCAAUCAGAAAGCCAGAAAUAGACUGUCCACUUGUUCGGUAUUUAGACCGAGGCAGCCUGAGGAUAGUUUUACAGGAAACCGCUGAAAUUCACGGCAGACGGCAAGUAAAUUCAAGAUGGCGCCUUUACUAUCAGAGGAAGAGAAGAUAGCUAGCGAUGAUAUUAGCCAGGAAAAGCAAAUGGAGGAAUUUUUCCAGUGGACUCCCCAUCCGUCAUAUGAACCUGAAACUAUGGGACAGAAAUUUAGAAGAAAGACUAAAGAGAAUCCUUUCGUUCCUAUAGGUGCUCUCGCUACCGUUGGUGCUCUGUCAUACGGUCUUUACUCAUUUAUAAGAGGAGAUGCUCGCAUGCAGCAAUACAUGAUGAGGACUCGUGUUGCUGCACAAGGAGGAACACUAAUAGCCGUUAUUGUUGGGGUUACCUACAUGCUUUUUCAAGAUCAAAACAAGAAUGGAAAAACAUAAUUUAUUGCAAGAACGUCUGUAUACUGGUGACAGUAUCAAGUUUGAAAGAGUGGAGCUAUGAACUGUGUGAUCAUUAAUGGCACUUCUAAUUGUGCUAUUUGUUCUGAAUGUUACGUGGUACAUGUAAAUUAUGACAGCAAGAAAAAACUUAAUAAUUUUUUUUGCCCUGGGCGUGAGUGAAUUGGCUUGUCACUAGCCACCUUCAUUUGUUUGUAGCCAAUGGGACUCACUGUUUUUGUAGUUAGUUAAUUUGUAGAUUGCAUGUUAAUGAUAGAGGAGAAAUAAAGGCAUGACAGGUUGAAACAUAGGCACGCAAGCUGUGUAAGAGUUUUUUGCAAAAGUUUUUUGGGGGGAGUGAAUUAAAAGCCCCCUGGAGAUAGCAGCACUCAGUGGACAGUUAUGAUGAGGUUAAUCCACCAAGUUUGUUUGGUUACAACGUUCAGCGAAAAAAAAAAAAAAA